UUGUUCAUCAUUUUCAGUACCUCAGAUACUCAGUUGUAGUUUCUCUCUUAACUGGGUGCACUCUUGGAGAAAGCAAGAGCUAAGAAAUGGAGAGACAAAACCUGGAAGAAGGACUGCAAGCAACUUUGCUUGAAUCAAAGCGUAAUGGCACCGGGAUCGAUUGCAGCAACACACAGUCGCUGUCCCUGCCGCCACCGAGCAGUUCAUCUGUCACCGGGAUGCUUGUGUUUAGCACCUUGGUAGCUGUGUGUGGCUACUCCUGCUAUGGAUUUGCUGUGGGUUACUCAUCGCCUGCUGAGUCUGGCAUCAUGGAAGAACUGGGCCUGUCUGUUGCGGCUUAUUCAGUUUUUGGUUCAAUAAUGACUGUUGGAGGAAUGCUUGGUGCCAUAUUAAGUGGCAGGAUAGCUGAUAUAUUAGGCAGGAAACUUGCUAUGCUGUUCUCUGAAAUAUUUUGUACCCUUGGCUGGUUAGCUAUAGUGUUCGCCAAGGAUGUUCUGUGGCUGGAUUUGGGAAGACUUUCUAUAGGUUUUGGCGUUGGACUUAUUUCUUAUGUGGUACCUGUAUAUAUUGCAGAAAUAACACCCAGAGAUCUUCGAGGAGUAUUUACUGCAUUCACUCAGUUGAUGAAUACACUCGGCUUUUCACUUGUAUUCUUCAUUGGAAAUGACAUUUCUUGGCGCACAUUGGCUCUAGUUGGUGCUACUCCAUGCCUGUUGCAAAUUGUAACUUUAUUUUUCAUUCCCGAGUCUCCUAGAUGGCUGGCAAAGGUUGGUAGAGAAAAGGAGUUUGAAACAGCAUUGCAGCGCCUCAGGGGAGAGACUGCUGAUAUUUCUCAAGAAGCAGCUGAUAUUAGAGAAAAUUUGGAAACCUUUCACCAGGGCUCAGGAACUAGAUCUUUGGAGCUGUUCCAGAGGAGAUACAUAAAUUUUCUCAUUAUUGGAGUUGGCCUCGUGUUCCUACAGCAAUUAGCAGGAGUUAGUGGUAUGACAUAUUAUGCUGAUAGUAUAUUCGAAAAAGCUGGUGUUUCCACUAGCCUUGGAAGUACAUUGGUGGCUAUUGCAGCGAUUCCAGCAACAGUUGUUGGAGUCCUAUUAAUGGAUAAAGCAGGAAGAAAACCACUCCUCCUGAUUUCAGCUGCUGGAAUGUGCAUCUGUCUCUUCCUUAUAGGAUUGGCAUUCUGUUUCCAGGGAAUUCCCACUUGGAGGACCUCACUCCUAUUUUGGUGCUUAUUAGCUUAUUGGGUAAUACUCUAGCUAACUCUGUUGGCAUGUCAGGAAUUCCUUGGGUUAUAAUGUCCGAGAUAUUUCCUAUGAAUGUCAAGGCCACAGGUGGAAGCCUGGUGACCUUUGUCAGCUGAUCAUGCUCUUGGGUUUGACUU